GUCUUCGGUUGGGAGUUUUGGAGGAGGCGCGGGUAGAGGAUGACUUGAGCGGCGGACAGCAGGGCAGUGUCUCUCCCACUUCAAGUUUUAUCGGACUGAUAAGCACAAAGACUCGACAUGCUCACAAGGGGAAACGUUAUUUUACACCAAUUCCGAGUUAGCCAACCGCUGAGUUGUUAGUAAAAAUCUUCGUGAGAAAUCAUGGCAAACGUUAAAGUUGCCAUUCGAGUCCGUCCUCCCAACGCAAGGGAAGGUGCAGAUGGAGGAAGGCUAGCGGUUCAGGUGGAGGAUAAGUUUGUGAGGAUCCAAAAUGUGAAGCUGGAUGGACGAGCAGACGGUGCUGUAGAUUCCAGGGAGAAGCUUCUGGAGUUUUGUUUUGACUACUGCUACUGGUCGGUGGACCCUGCAGAGCCUCACUAUGCCUCACAGGAGGAGGUGUUCCAGGACCUGGGUGUGUUGGUUCUCUCCGGAGCUUCUGAGGGCUACAAUGUAUGUCUGUUUGCUUACGGCCAAACGGGAUCUGGGAAGACUUACACCAUGAUGGGGACACCGGACUCCUUUGGCUUGACCCCUCGCAUCUGUCAGGGUCUCUUUAGGUCUGAAGACACUUUUCCUGAUGGGCAAAAUUCAAGCAGAGUUGAGAUCAGCUUCCUGGAAAUCUAUAAUGAGCGCGUCAGAGACUUGCUGAGAGGAGGAGAACAGAAGAAGAGAGCCUCGCUGAGAGUUAGAGAGCACCCUGAGAAAGGACCCUAUGUACAAGACCUGUCACAGCAUGUGGUCACAGACUACAAGCAGGCCAUGGACCUUUUGGAGGAAGGCAUUGCCAACCGCAUCACUGCAGCCACCCACAACCAUGAUGCCAGCAGCAGAUCCCACGCCAUCUUCACCAUCCAGUACACACAGGCAAUCCUAGAAAAUAACCUUCCUUCAGAAACUGUCAGCAAGAUUAACCUGGUGGACUUGGCUGGGAGUGAGAGAGCAGACCCCCACUACUGCAGGGAUAGACUGACGGAGGGCUCCAACAUCAACAAGUCGCUGGUCACUUUGGGCAUCGUUAUUUCUGCUCUAGCCCAGAACUCCCAGAUGUCCAGCAGCUGCCAGAGUAUCAACAGCAUGGCCUCAGAGGGUGAUGGCAGCACGGUGGGUAGCCACAGCAGUUCCCUGUCUGGAGGAGGGAGGCGGCACUGCUUUAUCCCCUACAGAGACUCCGUCCUAACUUGGCUCCUGAAAGACAGCCUGGGCGGCAACUCCAAGACCAUUAUGAUUGCAACGGUCUCACCCUCUGCUAACAGCUACAAUGAGACCCUCAGCACACUGCGCUAUGCUGCCCAUGCCAGAAAUAUUGUCAACAAGCCACGUGUUAAUGAGGAUGCCAAUGUUCGUCUGAUCAGGGAGCUGAGAGAGGAGAUUGACAGGCUGAAGAGUAUGCUGCUCAGCUUUGAAAUGCGGCGCAAUCCCAGUCCAUCCCUGAGUGAUGAGAGGGAUGGAAAUCUUUCUGACAUCGUGCUACAGAACGAACUAAAGGUGGAGCAGCUGACGAAGGACUGGUCAGAGAGCUGGAGAGACAAGAAAGAGCUGCUGGAGCAGUACAGUGUGGACAUCAACAGGGACCAGGCGGGCUUCCUCAUCAACUCCCUCCAGCCACACCUGGUUACCCUUGACAGAGAUGUUCUCAGCACCGGGGUCGUUUUCUAUCACCUCAGGGAAGGAGUCACCCACAUUGGACCUCAAGACCAGUUUGAAGAGCAACAAAUAGUUCUGCAGGGCAGUUCCAGCUGUGAGAUUGAAAACUGUGGAGGUGUGGUAACACUCAGGCCGCUGCCAGGCUACUCCUGCCUGCUCAACGACAGGGAGGUCACUGAGCCCUGCAGACUGGCUCAAGGGAUGGUGAUCACCUUGGGAGAAAUGCAUAAGUUCCGCUUCAACCAUCCGGCAGAGGCAGCUGUCCUCCGGGAACGCAGACGGGCUAGUGAAGGCGGUAUGACCUGCACCUACAUUGACCUUUGCCCUUUGACCCCUGACCACAGUGUUGAAGAAGCGAAGCUCCAGGGGCAGUCGGGUGCCUGUAUCUCCCCAAGUGAGGAGUCUACUGCGAGACAGCGGGUGGAGGAACAGCAGCACUACGUGGAGAGUUUGCGACAGGAGAUCCAGGCUGCACAAAGACGGGCUGAGAGAGAGCUGGAGAGGGAGCAGGCUCACCUGCGACAGCAGCACAUUGAGAUCGAGCAGUGGAUUACGCAAGAGAAACAACGCCUGACAACUGUUGAGCAGAGAGUCACCCAAGAGUCUGGAGUUCAAACAGACGUUAUCCCUGCAUCCCUCCUGGAGCGGCUGGCAAGUCAGGCGUCUGAGGAACAGGAAGAUCUGACAGUGGAUCGUCCCUGCCUGGUGGUAAGAGCCAGGAAGAAGGCAGUGGAGGAGGAGCUACUAAAGCAUCACGCCCUUUGCCGUACUGAAAGCCGCAUCCGUCGGAAAAGGCUGCACUACCAGCUGGAGAGAAUCGCCCGCAAGAGGCAUCUGUUGGAAGCCAAGAGGCAGUUGCAGCAGCUGGAAAAGGCCCUGCCUCCUGGACUGGACAGCCCCGAGUCUCCUGAGCUGGGGUCCUCCUCAAAGCCUAAAGGACGACCAUUCGCUUCUCGUAGACACUCAUUUUCAUCAGAUCUUCUUUCCCGGCUCUACCCACAGCACACUCCUAUCUUCAGACAUUUUCUGAAGAGAAACAGAUCCAUAGAACUGACUUCAAAUUCCUCCACGACAUCUGAUUCUAUUGGCAGCAGGAAGUGGGUUUCGGAUGAGUGUCUUCCUCGGGAAAGGACUCAAAGUUGUUCCGGGACUAUCUUCUCAGGACAAAGUCAAUCCUGCCGGAGUAGAAUUAGCUCCUCUGAAAACAUCAGACAAACUUCCAGAGAGGAACCACAAGCUCCGCCCUCUCGGGAACGGCCUGAAAGAAAACCUCUGCUGCCAAACCGAGAUCUGUCUUUUAAAAACAGGUCAGAUCAGAACUCAUCAGUGAGUCUGAAGUCACCACUUGGAACUACUGUGCAGCCAGUCAGCAAAGAAAAUGUACAAGGAUCCACAACAGACAGACCCAGUUCUGAGAUUGUCUCUUGUAUGACUGUGAGAACCCCAUCCCAUGAGGAUAACAGCGGUCUAAAAACCAUCAGGAAAUCUUUCUCUUCUUCUGUGGGACCCAAGUUAAAAACAGUCUUGUCCAAAGUGUUCAGAAAACCACCAUCAGGUGCAAAUGGAGGACGAGGCCCCAAACCUUUGGGGAGGAUAGCAAGCAAAUUUCACUGGAAACAAAAAAGAGACAGAAGCUUAAAAGACACCAAUAUGAUCCGAAGCAAAUGUGCCAUUAAAACAGCCGUCUCAUGUGAGGAGCUUGACCAAAAGGCUCUUUUUGAGGACAUUAGACAGAGACGGUGGCAUAGUACUGAGGCUCUGAUGAAAAAGACAAGCAGAUGGGUUGAGAAGCAGGAAGGAUUGAUCGGAUGGGAGGAAGAGCAAGAAGAGAGGGAUGAAGGGACGUCAGACUGUGAGAGCCUUUUCUCUCUUGAUUCCCUGUCCUCUGCUUAUGCGACAGCUCUGGCAGAGCAGCUGAGACACGAGGAAGCAGCUCAGAGUGAAACAGAAAGCGAAGACAGUCAGAUGUCUAAAGACUCCUUGGCUGUGGGGAGCAACAGGAAAUACUCGAGACUAAACCGUAUAGUGGUACCAAAUUACUCGCUGGUGACAGAUUCCUCUCAUUUAUCCAUGGGGCACAAUGGGACUGUACAGCGCAGUUUAGACUGGGGCAGCUCUCAUAAACCCCAGGUGAUCCCAGCAGAGGCCUAUUGGAGCCAGCAAGGUUCCCCAAAAUCGCGAAAGAAAAUGGAAAUAGGUGCAACAAGGAAUCCUCUGUCUCAAAGCCCAUUAGUAGCAGAUUCCAGAGGCAAAGACACUGUGCAGGAAUUGACUGAAGACUUUGGGAACAUGCAGACCGCUUUGACCAGCAGUCCACGCUCACUGAGCAGCUGCAGUGUGAGAGAGCCAGAGAACCUGCUGGCGCUCACCGAUGCCUGGUCCUCCACCGAUGCAGCAGACAGUCCCAGGAUUCACAGAGAUUCCCUACCUUUCCAAAGAAAAAUGAUGUUCAGACAAGUGGAGAGCAGCAGCAGUAGUUCCAGUCCAACUAGUAUGAACCUGUCAGACUCUCAGAGUGGAUACAGAAGCUAUAGCUCAACAUCCACCAGCACUGAGGGUGUAAAUGUAACAGUGCAGGAACACAGACUAGUGGUUUCAGGGGAGGCUUUAACAACACCAGAAGAUGCCCUCGUAUCGUGGGAUCAGGAAGAUGUGGAGCAACUAGGGCGACAGUCAGAAAAUGUGGAAAAUACAAUUAUAGAUUCUCCAGACUACAGCAACAACACAAGUCCGGCAUCCUUACCCACCUCAGAUCAGACCACUUCUGUGUCACACACUGGGAUUCCCAACACCGCACAAGCAACAUCAAACUUGCUUCAGGUGUUUCCAGAUGCACCUGAUAUGGUAGUUCAGGAUGUCAGUUUGUCCUCUGACAUUGAAAUGUGCACCUCAGGUUGUCAAUCAGAAAUGCAUUUCUCUACAAAUCCGACUGACCAAUGCCAAGCACUGAACAAAAUACCGGAAGCUGUGAGUGCCUUUAAACCGUCCAUUGAAGAUGAAUUACAAUGCAAUGUAGAUGGAGCAGAAAAGCUUAAAGAUGUACAGCAGUAUGAGUUUGAGAAUACCAAAGAUGUAUCACUUGCAAGAGAUAAAACCAAAGACACUGAGCUGUACAUUGCAUUACAGCAGGAGCUUGUUAAAUCACCUGGUAAAAAUUCCAGGAAGAGGAACAAAGGCCAACAGGAUGCAUUCAUGGGCAGCCUGAAAAUUCCAAAAAGGAGCGACAGCAGAGAGUUGGUAACUUUCUGCUCGACGGCAGUUGGCAGUCAGGAUCAUAUUUGGCCUGAUGACAAUAACAACACAAGUGACUCUAAAGCGGAGCAGUCUGCCUUGGAAACUUACAGCCAUGGAUUUGAUUCUGCUUGUGCAGGUGGCAGCGUUAGAGAGGACAAAGCGGCUUCAGUGGCAUUGCCAGUUUCUGAUCCCAUGAUCAGGAAACUUGGACAGGUCUUUGAGGAUUCUAACUGUAAGCUUCAAAAUGAUGACAAAAGUUCUCAGAGUGGUUCCUCUGCGGGAGACAGAAAGAUGGUUGAGAAGGAAAAUGUAACAAUAGAAGAAGUAGAUGUAGAAACAAAAGCAGGAGAGUUCCACAUUGAUAACACCAGGAAACAUCAAGAAAAUAAAAAUCACAUACGCAGGUCUGAUGCCAUUUGUAGUGCUAUUGACCUGAGAAUCUCAGAGAUGGUGAAAGAGCAUGUGAGAUUGUCAUUGAUUGACAGUGAUGGUGUCCGGACGAGCAGGACUCAAAGAACAGCAUCCUCUGCAUUUCAUAUUGGCUAUAAGAGUGACGAGCAUACAGUGACAGAAAACCAGCUGAGAGAUGAAAGGAAAGAUCAGGUGAAAGAUGUGAACCUCAGUGGACAUGCCUCAGUGGAAAGGACAAGCGAAGCCACAGUGGACAUAGGUGAGCACUUGGCAUCAGAUACACCAGCUGAAUUGAGGACUAGCCAUGAGAGCGACAUGCUUAAAUCUACUGAAGUAACUCAAGAGACCGACCAUGCUCUUAACUUUUCUUAUGAAACAUCAAACAAGCUGAUAAAUGGUCACUGUGCUGUCCAAAACACCUCUGCGAAAUGCAACAACAUCCAAUCAAAUCUGACACUUAACAGCCGUGGAGAGACUGAACACUCUGGAAACGCUGCUUUGCAACCAGUUAGUUUGUCCUCAAUGAGUGAUUCUGCUUCAGCAAGAAAAUGUAUUAAUUCUCAAGGAAGCACUGUGGAGAAAGUUGCUUUAUCUCAAGAAAUGAAUGAUGUAGGUAAACAAAAAGUAACUUUCCAUCUUAAUUCUACUUUAAGUGAUAUGCACUCAAAAAUGGACAACCAGACCUGUUCUGAUCCCCCUACCCUGGAUACAGAUAACCCACAGCUUCAACAAAUACACCAUGAAUCACCUUCUACAGUUGGUGAUACAAAGGUUAACUGUGGAUGUAGCCAUGUAGAGGCUGUCAGUUUGGGAGCUGCAUCCAGUGUUAAAGAUAAAGACAAUUAUUCAUACAAACAAAGCUCACCAAAGAUGACUGAGCAACAUCUCCAGCACAGUCCUGACACAUCCGGAGCCACAGAGUUAUUAUCUGAUGGAGGAAGUCUUCAAUUCAAACCACUCAACCAUAACAGCGACCGGAAUACAUCCUUUGAUGAGAAAGCCUCUAUGACAGGGUUUGCUGUUACUCCUGGCCACGACGGAAAUGGUGAAACAGAGUCCACAACAGGAGGUAAACCGUCUGUCACAGCACAGAAUCAAUUUAGCUGUACACAAACCCGUUCAGAUAAUUUGACUCAGACUUGUGUGGUCAAUAUGAAUUACAACAAGUGCCACAAUUUAUCAAUUUCACAGAGUAAAUGUGACAAACAGACUCAGGUUGACAGUAAAGGAAACUGUGUGAUGAAAAAUGACAAAGAAACAUUGACCUGCCAGUCUAAAGCACAGGUUACAGAGAUAUUGGCAGAAUUAAAAUAUGAAACCACUAUUUCUGGUUCCAUACAGCCACUCCACAAAAUAACACAGGGACAUGGUGUCAGAAAUACAAGUUGCUGUGGAUCUCUCGUGUCCAAAGAGAGUGAUGUAAAAACAUGUGGUGGUACACAAGGUAAUUCUGCUCUUAUGGCCAAAAAGGCCAAGUCGAAGAGGUUCAGAAGAUCUAAGAUCCAGACUCAUCCCACCUCUUUCUCUGAGUCCUCUCUUAAGUCAUCAGAUGAAGAUGAGGAGGAUGAUAAAACCACCAGAGAGAAUUACAGCCGGCUCUCAUCUAAAUGGGUAAAGCUUGCCACUCAGAGUAAUGCUAAACAGGAAGUUACACAGGCUAGAAGCAACAAUGCAGAUAAUUCUGUGUCAGUUAACAAAACUAAAAUGAAGAUGACUUCUGCUGGAACUAAAAGUGACGUUAAAUUUAGUAGAGAUUACAGCCAAAAGAGACACUUGAUACCCCCUCAAGCAAUGUCACAAAAGACAAAUGUGGAAAAAAUCCUUCCGCAUGCAAAGAAAAGAGAACCACAACACACACUGAAGUCUCAGGACUCCCCUAUGCAUUUUGCCUCAAGUGACAUCAACCCAUUUGUUCACCAGUGGCAAGACGACGACUCAAACCAGCACUGUUUUAAGAACCCGUCGUUUGGGAGUGCUGCCGACCUAUCCUGCAAAUCUCCGCUUUUAAACAGCGCUGAAAAAGGUAUGACAAGAUGCUGCAGUGUUGACAAUGGUUUGAAUGGGCAGAACUCCCCUUUCAAUUCCCAUCUCAGCACUUAUGCCACCAACAAGGGGCUCUCCAGUACACUUAGCAGUAUGGAGGAUUAUAAGGAACAAACAAACAAAGCAUCUCAGCUCACACCCUGUCACCAGACGUCUGUUGAUAUUCACAGUCAUUUAGCCAAUCUGACCGUGAGCUGCAGUUCUUCAAGUAACGACGUUCCUGGUGGUUUAGGUAAUAACUCCAAUCAUGUGGAUGAAAUUAUGUAUGUUUACUCGUCUGAGCAAGAGUCCCAGGCAAGCAAAACACAGGCCCAAAGGAGGAGGACAUGUGAACAUGGCACUCAAACAGAGCGUGGGCUUCAAACAGUAAAUUUUGCUAACAGUAGUAAUGCUCCAAAGAGGAAAGAUCGUCACAGAAGGAGCAACACUGAUGGACCUGCAACACAGAAAACCAAGGUAGACAUUAAAGAAUCUCUUACGUGGGCUAGCAUGGAAAGCAUGUCGGCUCACCUCUCCAAGCUGAUCAACAGCACCUCAGACCUGCUGGGCGACGUCCAGGGAAUGAGAACAGGCGAAGCUCACAGGGCGAGUCCGAGGAGGAGUGUCAACCUGUCAAAUCUUACCGUCUCUUAUAGUGAGUCUAAUGACUGCACUAAGGCAGACUGCUCAACUCAGACAGCUGUAGAUGUUGGGAUCCAAACAGAAGCAGCAGAGAAGGAAGUCAUGGUUCAUCAGUCACCCAGUGAAAAGUCCAAACCUCAUGAGGUCAAUGUGAUAGUUAGAGUGAUUGGUUCUGAGGCUGUCAGUGUGCCUCAAGACAAGGAUGUGCACUGUGUGGUGAAAACGAAAGCUAACCCAGAUGAAAAGAUGCAGAGCGUGCCUGACCUGAGGUUGAACGCCUCUGUUGCGUCACAGUCAGAUAAUGUCCCUUUCAGAACACCUCCGGUAAAGAUUGCAGCUGAAUGUCAGAGACGUGUAAGAUCUGCUUCUUCUAGAGGCUCAAAACAAAGCACGUCUGAGGCACUGUGUCAUAAAAGUGUUGCAAUAUCUGAAACCACCCACAGACUGUCAAGAAACGGCUACCAAGAAAAUCACAGCUCGUCUGUAAGAAAUGACCCAUCUCCUUGCUCAAAGAAACAGGCUACAUACAAAGAUCGUGCAUCUUCUCCCAUUCUAACUGUGGGAGCCAGGUUAAGUUUGAAGCAGAGAGGAAAACAACCAAUAAUAUGUCCUUUGAAAUCUAUGGAUGGAAAAAGAAACCUUGCUUCUGUGGAAGACAGCCCUUCUGUGCCUUGUAGCAAACAGUCGGUGUUCACAUCUGUCUCAGACAAUGAUAAGAUGUUCACGCCAGAGUGUGAUGUUUCCUCUUGUCAAUCAGAAUCUGUGUCACUUGAGAAGGUGAGUGAGAUCAGCUGUUCAAGCCCUAAAGGAUCAGAUAAAUGCUCUACAAGCCUUAGUUCAUCACUGGAUAGAUACACUGACAGUGACAGGAGAAAUGUCACAUAUAAAGACAAGGACCACCACCAUCCCAGUUCAAAAUCGCAGAUGACCUCUCCACAAUUGAGGACUUGUGCCUCUACAAAAGGUUUAACUUUACACAGCCACAGCUCUCCUAUAUUAAGACAGACUGAUGUGAACAAACACCAGGCUAUAGUCGAACAUGGAAAACCAUCAGGCUACGCAAGACCUGCAGCUGAUUCUGUGGACUGUUGCAUUGAUUCCUACAACCCAUCACCAGUCAGCGACAGGACUGUUCAACUUCAAGAGGAUGACAUGGUGUCACUGGCGCCCAGUGAAUGCAACACAGAUGUCCUUGUGAACAUUAAGCCUGUCACCAGCAUGUCCCCAUGUCAAGACCACCAGAUAGUCCCAGAAGACCUGCCCAUGCACAACAAGUUCACCAACUGGUCGGGCAUCAACCACCAGCAAUCCAAACAGUCUAACAAACUGGCCAUGUUGCUUACCAACGACCACGACAAGAGCAGAAACUGUGCCGAAUGGGGUGAGAUAGAAAGUUACGGCUCAAAUGUGGAGUCUGUGGCACAGAGUGACAGAAGGGUGAGAGAGAUAGAGAGGCUGCGACAGGAGAGAGAGCAGGUGAUGGCGUCGGUCAACCUCAACAUGAACCCAACACCUCUGACCGUGGAGCUGACGGAGGCCAAGCUGCAUUAUGGGCUGGGAGAGACGGAUACGCUGUUGAAGAUGCUUUCCCCGAGGUCCAGAGAAGAGCUGGAGCCACCGACCUCUUCUCCUACCAAACAGCAGCUUUAUGAUCGACACCGUAGGAGUAUUGAAGGUUUGAGGCAGGAGAGGGAGGAGCGGCUCCAGACUUGCAGGAGAGCUCGUAGUCUGAGUCCCAGCAAACAUCCUCGCCGCUUUCCUCAAGAGCCUGCUUCAUCCUCCAAGGUGUCUGCUGCUAUGCCGAGUCGCCGUAAAGAGUACCUGCAACAGCUCCGCCAAGAGGUGAUAGAAAGUACCAGAGUACCAAAUCCUCCACGAGGAGAAGGCCAGUAUCCGUCUGACAUUGAGCAGUUGUUGCGUGACUACGGCCGAGCCCGGGAAGAAGCCAGGACGGAGAUUGCGAAGGCACGAGAACGUCUGCGAGAGAGGACUGAGCACGAGAAGAGGAGGCUUCAGCAGCAGGCCCUGUCUCAGGAAGUGAAGGAUGACCUGAGGCAUCGGACCAGAAUCAGUAACAGCACCUUGUGCACCGGAUCUAGCCUGAGUCUUUCCUCUGGACCCACAUCAGGGUACAACAGUGGCAACACUGUCCAACUACAGCACAGUGACAGACCAGUAAUGACCGGACAGACUACAGGGUUUCAGGAUGAAGGGCUGAAGGUCAGGACACGUCCUCCUAUAUGUGGUGCUCAAAGUGUGAAGUCACAGAGAGUUUGGCUGUCUGCCCAGGAUGUCUGCCUUGAGCCCUCUGUCAUGGUGUUUGAGCCCCUGGUGACCUCAUCUCCAUCACCCCCCACAUGUGUUCGUCAACGCACCGCCUCCUUUGGCUCCUCCUCUUCCAUAUCCACGACCUAUCAGGAUAUCACAUCCACUCUCCUUGGGCGAGCUCUAGCUGAGGUACGAUUAGCUUCCGCUGGAGAUUUGACUAACCUAGUGAUGGGCAAGGCCACGGCAGGCUGGAGGUACCAAGGAGAAGAACGAGGGGUCCAGGCUUAUUAUAAGCCCUCCUCCAGCCCGUCUGUCCAUGGGUUCCUGGGGUCCGGGGAGCUGGACAGACCCCUGGACAGCCUGUGGAACAUGAUCUGCCAGCUGUCCAAGAGCCACAUGUACAAUCAGUCAGUUCGUUCUGUCUGGACACGACCACUAGAUGACAGCACUCAGCUGGUCUACAUACUAACAGAUCCGUCCACCUGCCACCUCAGCCAGCCGCGGGACUUCUGCUGCAUCAGCACUGAGUCCAGACAGGGUGGCCUGUGCGUGCUGGCAAUGCAGUCAGUGUUUGAGGAGUCUCUGCCCCGUCCCAGCGUUGAUGCUGUCCGAGGGGAAAUGAUGCCCAGUUGUUGGGUCCUUCAGCCAAUUAGACGCAGUGGAAAAGAAGUCACCAGGGUCAUCUACCUGCUGCAGGUGGACCUAGGAACUCCAUCUUUUCCUCCCCGACUUUUGAACACCGUUGCCAGACGACAGGCAGCCGCCAUCGCCGAUCUUGACGUUUUCCUCGCUUCGUGCAUGAAGACUCGUUAGCAGUGAGCACUUAGACUGAAAUCUCUCCAGCAUGGAGUUAGCCUGUCUUUUUGAAUUUGCACCUGAAAUGUAUGUACUUGACUUUUUCUAUUUCAAGAGCACUGUUAUAUAUUGAUUCCCAGUUAAAAAGUCAAAGCAGCUUCUUUUGUAUGGAGGUAUUUUUUUUUAUAAGAUAUUGAAACUGUAUUUUUAUAUUUGUACAUGUACAUGGAUGCUUUUAACAAUCACAAUCCUAUUUUACCAAAGAUUGACUAGAAGUCUAAGGAUUGCAUUUAGGUUUCGACAGAUUCAUCAAUUUCUUCAUGUGAUUCAUCUGAUGAAGAACCUUGAUAAUUCUGUUAUAACCUGAUAAACACCAGCCAUUUAAUUUCCCUAAAGCCUGUUAGCAAUAUGGUGUCUUUUGAUUCCUACCACAUUGUAACGUGGACAUUCAACUUUGUUUAAGUUGAGGUCAACACCGUAGCUAGAGAGAACAUUUACGAUGAAGUUUAAGAGUUAGUCAACGGAUAAAUUUCUUUAAAUGAAAGAAAGUAGCGGCUGAAUUGACGGGUUAAACCACUUCCAAACAUGUGAAGGAAAUAUUUGCAAAUAUCGUUCAUCCUUGAUUUGUUACUGUACAUGCAUAUACUUAUUUCCCCAGACACUGCAUAUCUUAACCACUCAAUGACCUUAAUUCUGCAGACACUGAACUUGAAAUGUCUUUCAACAGUUUUUCAGCUAAAAGGGGAAAGGUAAAUAUAUGGAAAGGACUGUACAAAAAUUAUUAGGGAAGACGGGGUCAGAAAAGUUGGAAGGUAUGGUCAUUUUAAUCUUGGCUGAAUGUAGAGUAGUCUUGUCUUACUUUUUGGGGAGAGCAAUGAGGGUCUUUGAUUUUUCUCAUUCUAGAUUAAUAUUUUAUUUUAGCUUUCUGUUAUCAGCCAUAGUCCUAAAGAUGUGCAGUUUUGUCUUUAUCAGUGUUUCAUUUAUUCAUAUGCAUUUGGUGGUGUACGUUAGAAGUUCAAUUAAGGUAUGAGGGUUUAAAUUCAGGUAUAUGAUUAAAAAAGUAGUCUCAGUUUUAAACAGUUAUAUUAUUUUGACACGUUGCAGGGAGGUUGUUGCAGUGUUUUUUAAGUCCAGAGGAGACUUCAAAGAAAACAACAAUAACCCUGGUGAGUGCCUUGCUUUUUGAGAAAGUGAAAUAUAAGGUUCAGCCCACCUCACUACCCCUUAAAUUUUUGUACAGCCCCUGAAUUGGAUAGUACGAUGGUUUAUUGAAGGAAUUCAAAGAAUUAUUUAUUUAGUCUUAGGUUGUUUUUAUCUGUGUUUAUCUGUAUGAGCACUGCAAGUUUAACGUCUUCGGAGCUCUUUCUCUCCCUGCAGAAAAUCUAAUCUAAAGACAAAGCAGUAGCAAAACAGUGAGAGGAUGAGGUGGAAAGUCACAGACCUUUUGGAUUUAAUAAGCCAAAAGGCAAAAAAGGCAGAUCCGCUUUCAACACAAGGUGACUGGUUCAAGCCAUCUUGCCUGCCGAAGUGUCCUUGAGCCAGUUACUGAAGUCACCAACCAGCUCCAGGCAUUAUGCUCUGUAGCUGACCCAGACAUCUAACCUCCCUUUUUUUCGUUUGUACUUUAUGGUACCCCAAAUCUGCAUAAACUGAGUUUUAAAGGCUUUUGUUCUCACCUUUUUCUGAAGUCUGUUGUAUUUAUUUUGAUCCUCCUGCUCUCUGUUUGAAAUGCUGAUGAAUGUUUUUUUAGUUGUCUUUUAUGAGCAAAGCGCGAUGCUGUGUUUACAGCAGCUUGCACAAAACCCUUUAUGCAUUUAUUAAUGUUACUUAUUAAAAAGGUGAUUUUUGUUUUUAUGUGUACAGUGUCGAAACUAUGCAGAAACUGAUCAAAGGCUGGACUGCUCUCAGUCAAAGCAGGGUCAGCUGUGUCCAGAUAUGAAGCCAUAUUUACAGUAGCUGAAUGUUCAGGACUGGUUGAGCUCUGCAGCUGCGGCGCUCAGUUUGACACUAAAGACGUUCCCGAGGGAACCAAAGAGAAAGAGACAAAAAUACUGGAGAAACAGAGUGAAGGAACGCGAAGACAGCUUUUGUACUGAUUUCUUUUGUAUGGGUAUCUAUAUAUUUUUAAGUGCUUGUUCAUUGUGUAAAAAGAAUUGUUAUUUAUGUUUUGACAGUGUGUUGUAAAUGUGUUUUAUUAUAAACACUCUGCUUGUACUUUAUUAUAAACACUCUGCUAAUAAGAUGUUACUUGUUUGGCCAUUCUUUUAAUACAAUACAUAUUUUUCAAGUGAAUUGUUGUCUUUCCGUUUUUGGACUUGUUUAUUGCCUGUUUAUGUGAUGGUCUGUUACAAGAUUUAUGAUAUAUGAUCAGAAUCUUUAAUCUUUUGCAAAAGCCAGUGUUGUAUUACAGCUCUUGGUAUUGAAACCUUAAUGGAUCAAAAUGUGUCAAAAACUGUCAAGUACCAGAAGCUGGCAUUGAAUACUAUAGUUUACUUGCUCUUUGAUGGACAGUUUGUGAUUUCAAUAAUAAUUUUGUAAUUUCACACAGUUUUAUUCAAACAAAGUUCUGGUACAGUUCUCGCACUGCAUGUCUUUAUACUACAAUUAGUAUUUAAGAAGUUUGGCUUUUUUUUUUUUGUUGAAUUUAAAAAACAGUUUUGUAGGAUAAUAUCUUAAUACUCCUCAAAGUUUUUGUUUUUUUUUACCUUGUUUUAGUGCUAAACAUCAGCUACUGUGUAUAAUGUCCAAUGAUACCCAGCCCGGGUCUAAGUGGUCAACCCACAUUUUGGUUCAGUUGGUUAAGACCUACAGAAUGUAACUCCAUUAUGUUACUUUUCAUAAGUUUUAAAACUUUCUAUUUUGGACACUUAGAAAUGACAUUCAAACUGAAAUUAAAUGAACAUUUUAAUACCA